AUGACGGUUGUAAAACAGGUCUCUGCACAUCGAUCCAACUGUGUUCAGAGCAAGCAAUCCUCCAUAUCUUUUUAUUUAUUUACGUUGUAGGCAUUUUUCCAUAAAUAGCAUUUGACAGAUGCGAAGUGUGUGCUUGCUAAAACUCGACGGUUUUACGUGGGAGCUAAUUAGGAAAUCCGUGCUCUAUCGAGACAAACGAAAUCAUUGGUGACCAUAUAACGCCCCGCAGUGACCCUUCGGGCUAUCCCGUUUGGCUAAAUGUAUCUAACAUGAGUGGAAGUUAUCCUUACUACUACACACCACAACCACCCGGACAAUACUCGGUAAAAACGGAAUGGACUCUGGAACAGCAACAGUUCAAUCAGUCUUCGCACAGCUACACUCGUGGUCCCCCUGUCUACGAGAUGCCCAUGCCAGCACAGAAUCAAAUUUCAGCUGCACAUACCCCUAUUCGAUCAUCCCAAUAUUACAAUUACCAUGGUUCCAACCAUAGUUCACAUAAUGGCAGGCCAUAUCACUCUCGAAGAUAUAAUGGUCCAUCAAAUCAGUAUUCGUCUAGUCAGUCUCAAAAUUGGAGGCAAGGAUAUAAGAGACAACUAGACGACGACAAUGAACCGAAGAAGCCGCCAAAGAAAAAGAAGAAACCGCUGUCACAGAAUAUGCCCAGUAAAAAAGACUGGUCUCUGAAGGAAGCGGAGAUGGCGCUGAACUGCGAGAAAGAGUAUAACAAACGACAUAAGAAUCAGUCGUUAAUUAUUAAAUUCCCGGAUCCGGAAUUAAAUAAAGAUAUUGUCUCGAAGUUUCACGGCGCCAUCGAGAAUGUUCAUUUUCAGCAACCAUCGACGGCCAGAUUUUGUUUCGUUACUUUGAUGGACACUGCGGAUGGGGAUGCAGUCAUAAACGCCUUAAACAAAGUGGAAUUCGGAGGAGGUAAAUUGACUGCAGAAUACAAGAAGGAUCGUGAAGACGAUCAGAAUAUUGGACCGGAAGACAUUGAUCCUAAUACGUUAUAUGUUGGUAAUUUGGCUCAAGAAAUUACUAAGGAGGAUAUGAUAAAGACAUAUCCCAAAUGUAAACGUAUUGAUAUUGGAUACGCCAAGAAAAUGAAGUAUACACGGUAUGCGUUUGUCACAUUUAGAACAGUUACUGAUUCUAUUGAAGCAUUCAAGAAGACUCAUAGCACACAAAUGUAUUCGAAAAGUUUAAUAGUACGUUUUCGGCGAUUGCACGGCACGGUAGGUAUGCCUGGCGAGUCCAAACCUCAGAAUCCUCCGAAGAAUAGAGAGCCCACAAUCGCCGAAGAAGCACCGCGACAACCUCACAUGAAUCACAAUCACACGAAUGUUCGAGAAGAACCAGAAGAGCUCGUAAGGCCACCUACCAGACAAGAGAGAUCUCCAAGGAAAGAGGCUCAAUCGCCUGUAGCGAUAAAACAAGAACCGGAAUAUUUUCCGGAUCCCCAACAAAUGGAAAGAUUGAAGAUGGCCAAAUUGAUGCCACACACGGAGAAUUACGUCUCAGAGAUGCAUAAGCCCAGAGUUAUCAAUGUUAAGAAGGAACCUAAGGAGGAAGUCUUGGACGAUGAUGAAUGCAGAGAAGUAUCAUCAUUCCGCCCCGUGAAGAGCAACAAAGAAAGUGAUGACAAAGUUGAGGUUAACUAUAUUAAACCAGAGCCAGAAGACGACUUUGAGUAUCACGAUAGUCAAUAUUCUGACGAGGAUGCUAAUGAAUAUGAAGAUGAUGAAUUUGAAGGUGAUGAUGAACCAAGUGAUUUUGGCAAAGAAAGCUUCAGUUCUUUCUACGAACGUACGUUGGCUCAUGCACAGCAGUUGGGUUCUUUAAAUCACAACGACUAACUGUGCACCUGAGAUUUCAACCUGUUUUCGCAAUUUAUUUUUGUGAUUUCCGUAUUAUUAUAAAACUAUUAUAGUGUCUAAUAUAAAUAAUG